AGGAGCCCGUUUUGUCCAGCCCCCUGGUCUCAUGCAGCCGUUCAGCGUCCCCGUUCAGAUUACACUCCAGGGUGGCCGGCGGCGCCAGGGGAGGACAGCCUUCACUGCCUCAGGGAAGAAUAGGAAUAUAGACCACCAUGAUGGAGACCUACCAGAUGUGCACAAAAAGCUGCCGCCCAGUGCUGGAGAGGACCGAGCCAUGCUGCUAGGGUUUGCAAUGAUGGGCUUCUCAGUCCUCAUGUUCUUUUUGCUUGGAAUAACUAUCCUAAAGCCUUUCUUGCUCAGCACUCAGAGAGAAGAAUCAAACUGUACCGUCAUCCGCACUCAUAUCAUGGAUGACUGGAUGGACUGUGCUUUUACCUGUGGUGUGGACUGCCGGGGCGAGGGCAAGUACCCAUGUCUUCAGGUGUUUGUGAACCUCACCCAUUCAGGUCAGAAAGCUCUCCUACACUAUAAUGAAGAGGCUGUCCAGAUAAAUUCCAAGUGCUUUUACACACCCAAGUGCCACCGAGACAGGAAUGAUUUGCUCACCAGUGCUCUGGACAUAAAGGAGUUCUUCGAUCACAAAAAUGGGACCCCCUUUACAUGCUUCUACAGCCCAGACAACCAAUCUGAAGAUGUCAUUCUCAUAAAAAAGUAUGAUCAAAUGGUUCUCUUCCACUGUUUAUUUUGGCCUACACUGACUCUGCUAGGUGGUGCCCUGAUUGUUGGCAUGGUGAGAUUAACACAGUACCUGUCCCUACUGUGUGAAAAAUAUAGUGCUACACACAGAGAUGAGGUGGGUGGCAAAGUACCUUAUGUGGAACAGCAUCAAUUCAAACUGUGGAGUGUGGGGAGGAGCAAAGCAAGGAGCAGAGAGAUCUUAAGAUGGUGGCCAGAUUAGUCUUGGCCUAUGGAUGCUUGGUGCUUUUUGCCUCUGAGGACCUAAUGAUGCCACUUGCAGACUAACCAUGUAGAGGCAAUUCAAACAUUUAAAAAGUCUCAUUAUGUAUUCUAGUUUUUCUAUAAAUACAUACAAACUCACCCUCUUUUCUUCUUAAAUUUCUUUCCACGUGCAUCAAGGCAGCGCUUUUUGUUCCUACAUGGCAACAUGAGCUCCAGGUAGCUAUGCUUUAUCUUAUUUUGGCUUUAGUGGAACUCACUGGUGUGGGAUAAAUGAUGAGGGUAUCUACCUAUUGAGUACUGAACAAGCAGCCUAGUUCUCUGCAGCAGAGUUUACAUCAAAACAUUUUUCAAAAAAAAUUUAGUAAUGAGCAAGUCAUUCACUGUUAGGAAGAUUGUAAUCUGGUAAUUUCAAA